AUGACUGCCUCCGACGACGAAGAAAACGAUAUCUUCGGUACUCAUCAGCUGGACUACGUGCCACCGGCGCCGAUCAAGCCCGCUGGAGUUGCGGAGGUCGACUUUGAUGGCGUACUUUCGCCCCCACUCAAGGUUCACGAGGAUCUCAAGAAUGGUUGUGGUGGACAGCUGUGGCCGGCGGGCAUGGUACUCGGCAAGUACAUGUUGAGGAAACAUAAGGACGACCUUGCUGGGAAGACAAUUGUCGAAUUGGGCGCUGGAGGUGGGCUUGUUGGCCUUGCUGUAGCUGUUGGCUGCAACGUCACCGAGCCCCUCCACAUCACCGACCAAGAUGAGAUGUUCGAACUCAUGAAGAAAAACAUUGGCCUCAACGAUCUCUCGGCCCGCGUUUCCGCAUCUAUAUACGACUGGGGCCAACCAACACCAUCCGGGUUACCACAACACCCGGAUGUUAUUCUUGCAGCUGACUGUGUAUAUUUCGAACCAGCGUUUCCAUUGCUGCAACAAACGCUCAAGGACAUCAUUGGUCCAAACACAGUGUGUUACUUCUGCUUCAAGAGGAGGAGAAGGGCCGACUUGACAUUCAUGAAGACUGCAGGAAAGAUGUUCGAUGUGCAAGAGGUAGAUGAUGACCCGGAUAAGGAAGUUUGGUCUAAAGAGAGACUGUUCUUGUAA